AAAUCGACCCACCCUCCAAAUCAUGGUUUCAUGCACGUUUUGUUGUUGUUGGUGAUCUAUUGUUCUGAUGAUUGUUUAUGCAUGCUCACAAAUAUAGUAAUUUGGAAUUUCAAGUAAAUAAAUAAAAAUCGCCGCUUCCCCACUGUUUACGAUUGAUCACAUGACACGGUCCAGGAAGUAAUGACCCUACCAACCACGGAGCAACGGUCGGCUGUGCCAUGGCGUACAGAAUACAUGUUUUUUUUUUAAUAUCUGUAAGCUUUUUUCUAGUUUCGUGCUUUUCACAAACCUAUUAUCUUAACGACACAGAGGGACAAGUGUUUGAUGGAAUCGGAGGAUUGAGUGGUGGAGGUGCGACGACACGUUUACUCGUCAAUUAUGCGGAGCCCUACCGAAGCCAGAUCCUCGAUUACCUUUUUAAGCCAAAUUUUGGUGCCUCUUUGCACAUCCUUAAGGUUGAAAUUGGAGGGGACGCUCAAACUACUGAUGGGACGGAGCCGUCGCACAUGCACUAUGAGGAUGAUGAGAACUACUUCCGAGGGUAUGAAUGGUGGCUGAUGAAAGAGGCAAAGAAGAGGAACCCAAACAUCACGCUUAUCGGCUUGCCUUGGGCAUUUCCUGCUUGGGUGGGCCGCGGAAAGCAGUGGCCUUACGAAUUCCCAGACAUCACUGCAACAUACGUAGUGAAGUGGAUCCUUGGCGCAAAGCAGUUCCACCACCUCAACAUAGACUAUGUUGGCAUUUGGAAUGAACGCACGUUUGACAGCAAGUACAUCAAGCUACUGCGGUACAAUUUGGACAAGAGUGGCCUGGAGAGUGUUAGGAUCAUAGCCAAUGACAACCUGUGGGAGCCCAUUUCCCAGUCUCUUCUGCUGGAUCCAGAGCUCAGCAAUGCUGUGGAUGUGAUAGGGGCCCACUACCCCGGCACAACCACUGUCAUGGAGGCCCUGAAGACGAGGAAGACACUGUGGUCUUCGGAGGACUACAGCACGUUCAACGACGAUGUCGGAGGAGGCUGUUGGGCGCGCAUUCUCAAUCAAAACUACGUUAACGGAUUCAUGACUGCUACCAUUUGCUGGAACCUCGUUGCCAGCUACUACGAGGCGCUGCCGUUUGGCAGAGAUGGUCUUAUGACGGCGGCCCAACCCUGGAGUGGCAACUAUGUUGUGGAGUCGCCCAUCUGGAUGACAGCGCACACGUCGCAGUUCACCAAGCCAGGCUGGACCUACCUGAAGACUGUUGGACAUUUGGCAAAUGGUGGAAGUUAUGUGGCCCUGACUGACGGCAAGGGAAAUCUUACAGUUAUCAUAGAAACCAUGACCCAUAAUCACUCCUUGUGCAUAAGACCUCCGCUCCCUCCGUACUCAGUGACGUCACAAAACGCAACCUUUCAGCUGGAAGGCCCUUUUUCUUCCAUCAAGGAGUUACAAGUAUGGGGCUCCCGCUUUAAUUUCAGGACAGCAAAGCCCACUUUGUUUCAGCGUCAAAGUCCUUUGAAGCUCAAGAAGGGCAAAUUCACAAUAAGUCUUUCCGAAGACGAGGUUUACACGGUGACCACGUUGACGACAGGACAGAAGGGCAAACACCCAGAUCCACCUGCUUCAUCUCCCUUCCCAAAGCACUACACGGAUGACUUCAAUGUCCGAGAAGCUGCCUUCUCAGAAGCUCCAAACUUCGCCGACCAGACUGGAGUGUUUGAAUAUUACACCAACCAGACAGAUUCUGGGCUUCAUACGUUCACUUUGCGUCAAGUUCUGACCGAGCGACCCAUCACUUGGGCAGCGGAUGCGGACCAGACUAUAAGCGUUAUCGGUGACUACACAUGGCAUGACCUGAAUGUCGAAUGUGAUGUCUUUAUGGAGCGUGUAAAGACUGGAGGUGUUUUCAUUGCAGCCCGGGUUGAUAAAGGAGGGCAGACAAUCCGCAGCGCCAGGGGAGUGUUCUUCUGGGUCUUUGCCGAUGGAACGUACAAAGUGACUAAUGACCUCGCGGGUCAAAGCGUUCUGGCCGAAGGACCGUCCGGUACACGAGCCGGUGCCUGGCACACGCUGUCGCUCAGCGUGAAUGGCCAGUUGGCAUCGGGGAAGCUGAAUGGUUAUACAUUGUGGACGAGCGCCGUGGUGCUGACACCAAAGAAUGGCUGGGUGGCCAUUGGGACGCGCUCCUUUGAACUGGCCCAGUUUGAUAACUUUGCUGUGAAGGCAGGAGGACAAGAGUCCCUCUUGAGCAAACCUUAUGUUACGAUCGUUUGAACGAAUGGCAGUUGAGGCGCAAAGAUUCAUCGACAACUCAUCGAUUUUGAAAAUGAUCAGCAACUGUUCCCAUAAUUGUUGAGGGACCUCGUUUAAAAUCAUCGGUCGGAAUUUCAACCUCGCAGUAGUAAAUGCUCUGAGAUUUAUUUCUGUUGUCGUCCAUGAAAGAAUAUCUGUGCAAUCAGCAGCUUUUAGUUGAGAAAACAAUUAACUAUUUUGCCUGUUUUUGACACGUUACAAACUAAGUGCACUAACCGAAUCCUAAUUAAUUUAUUUUUCAGAAUUUUCUACACUGUAAAUUUGAAAUAAUGUCCUGUUUUGAAUAAACUUUUUUUAAUCAGAUUCUGUUAUAAAAGACACGAUAAUAUUGCCCGUCAAGAGUUUUUGAUGCAGCUCUCAUUACAUUAAUGCAGAUAUACCCAAUUAAAUUGCUGAGAGAAUGAGA